AUGGACCUGAAACAAUCAGUAGCAGAUCAACUAACAACUCUGCACCCAUGUAUGCCCGUGAACACAAGAAUCGGCAUACUAGGAGGUGGCCCAAGUGGUUUAUCAGCAGCUUAUGCACUUGCUAAGCUUGGGUACAACAAUGUGACCCUUCUAGAGAAAUACCACACAGUCAGUGGGAUGUGUGAAUCAGCUGAUAUUGAAGGGAAAAUGUAUGAUCUUGGAGGUCAAGUUCUAGCAGCAAAUAGUGCUCCCACGAUUUUUCAUUUGGCAAAAGAAUUGGGGUCUGAACUGGAGGAAAUGGACUCGCAUAAAUUAGCCCUCAUUGACAAUGGGAAAUUUCAGGACAUUCCAGUUGCUGAUGACUAUGUAGAUGUGAUAUCGUUGACCUUAGAACUCCAGGAUAAGGCAAAGAAUUCGGGUCGAAAUGGAGUUCAUGCCAUUAGCGAAUUUGCUUCAGAAUCAGUUCCUGAAUUUCUGAAGAGUAGAGGACUUAAAUCUGUUCCAAAAUCAGUUGCCUAUGGAUACACUGCUUCUGGGUAUGGAUUUGUUGAAGAUAUGGCUUAUUCUUACAUUCAUGAAUUCACCCGAACUUCAAUGGCUGGUAAAAUAAGGCGUUUCAAGGGCGGGUAUAUGGGAUUCUGGCAGAAGUUAAGUAAAUCUCUUCCCAUUGAAGUUCAAUGCAACACUGAAGUAAUUGGUAUCAGACGCGACUCCUCUGGUGUAUCUGUUGACACUAGAAAUAGUAGUGGGGAAGUUAACACUAUGGAAUUCGAGAAAAUUAUCAUUUCUGGGGGUUUUCCUUUCACAAACGGGAAAGUUUACCGAUCACCAACAUAUGUAUCAGCAGAAAGUGAAAAUCGAUGGAUGGACUUAAGUAAUCUUGAGAAGGAACUGUUCAGUAAGGUGCAGACGAUAGAUUACUAUACAACAGUGAUGAAAAUCAAAGGGUUGGAUCAUUUGCCAAUAGGAUUUUAUUACUGUGCCGAAUUCAUGGAUGAUCCUGCCACUAUAGGCAAUCCAGUGGCAAUUCAGAGAUUCUAUGCCGAUACAGAUAUAUAUCUUUUCUGGUCUUAUGGUAAUGCUGUUGAUAUUAUGGGGCCAAGGGUCACUGAACUUGCAAUUGAUGCGGUUAACAGAAUGGGAGGUCAAGUUGAAAAUGUAAUACUGCAGAGACGGUUCAAGUAUUUCCCUCAUGUUACCAGCCAAGAUAUGAAGGAAGGAUUUUAUGAGAAACUGGAGACUGAACUUCAAGGUCAACAGAACACUUACUAUGUAGGUGGACUUGUUGCGUUUGAACUUACAGAGAGAAAUUCAACCUACUCUAUGAAUCUUGUUCGCAAACACUUUGCAGAUGAUGACCCUUUACCAAAAUUUCCAUAUGUGAAGGUACAACAAAUUCCGAUUAUUACAUAA